AUUCCUCGUUAUCUGAGAUAAGGCUUAGUGCUUGUCACACAACUAAAUCGAGAUCUUUUCGAAAUGGCAUGUUUGCAGUUUCUUCUAUUUUGGAGUAUUACAAUCAACUUCUUGUGCGUCUAUGGAAAUGAUGAUGCCGUUGGUAGACUUACUCUCAAUAACGUUCUUACAACUUUCAAGGAGAUGCAAGCAAAACUGGAUAAAUUAGAAACAUCGGAAAGAGAUUUAAAGCAGACUGUUAGUAUUCUUGUCGGUAAAACAGAGCAAUUACGUGUACAUGUAGACCGCCUAGAAACAUCGGAGGCUAAAUUAAAACAGACUGUUAAAACUCUCUCUAAAACAACAGCAAAGUUACAGCAACACAUCGCAAAGUUAACGAAAACUGAAGCAGUGUCCGAGCAUCCAAAAAAAGAGGAUACAUUGAAGAAACAACCCGAAGAGUUCCCGGCAAACACAAGCAAUUCAGUUGAGGAAACGACGAGGACAUUUUCAAAAAAGAGACAAAUUCUCAACGAUUGCAGGAAAAGAGAUAACCGUCAAACGUCAGAACAAGUUGCAUUUUCUGCUUAUCUUGAUCACGUGAUAAGGAAUUUAGGCCUGGACCAAAUCAUUGUUUAUAAUCGUUUGCUGCUCAAUGAAGCCGGGGCAUACAGUAUAUAUACAGGAGUAUUUCGUGUACCAGUUUCCGGGUUCUACCUAUUUUCGUGGUCAGUCACGGCUAGGAAAUUACAAGGAGAACAGGGCUAUGAUAUUUGGGUCAAAUUGGUUGUAAAUGGCCAAUAUCAGGUGAAUUUAUGCAUAUUUUGUGGUAUGCGUGUUCUUAUAUUUACAUUUAAUAGAUAUAACACACCCCCACUGUUGUUUGCGACAGGUCUAUAGUUUUCAGAUAUACAU